AUGAUGUCAAGUUCAGGUCAAACAGAGCUGGGACAAGCAACAUCGACAAAGGAUAUGGAAAAGGUGAAAAAGUUGUACAAGGACAAGAAGAAGUUUGCCAAGAUGUUGACGACAUUUGAUCAACACGGACAGACACCAAUGACCAACGCGUUAAAGAACAAUCAAGAAGAGAUGUCUCCUCUUCACUAUGCCGUUCAUCUUGGACGUGAUGAUCUUGUAAAUACUCUUCUCAAGGCCGGUGCCGACCUCGAUAUUGUCGGGCGUGACAAAAAGACGCCCUAUGAAUUGGCGUGCGAGUCGCACAAGGAAAUCGCAAACCGUAUGCUCCGUUACAAGGAGUUGUACGAGUGGCUCAAAGAGCAGGGUCUCCAAGACUACAAGGAAUAUUUUGUAAAGGAACAAAUCUUUAAGGACCUCCUAGGUGAUAUCAAUGAAAAGAUCUUGGAAAAAAUGGGUAUCACGACUGCUGGUCAGAAAAUUAGAAUCUUAAAAGCUUGUGCUCCAUUUAAAAGUGAGGUACCAAUAGCAAUUCAACCAUCACCAACUAUUAGUAGAAAAGAUGUUUUGGAUGAAGAUGAUUUACCAUCUCCACAUACACCAGAUAUUGUUGGAUUGAGAGAUUCAUUGAUUGCCAUGAAACAUAUUGGAGAAAUUAAUAUUAUCAAUGACAACGAACUUGAAUACACUGAAAAGUUGGGUGCUGGAAGUUCAGGAAAGGUUUACAGAGGAUUGUAUAAAGGAAAAGAAGUUGCAAUCAAAAUAUUAAAAUCAAUGUCUGAAGCUAAAGAAGUUGAUGAAUUUAAAAAGGAAUUCCAAAUUAUGAGUGCAAUUAGAUCAAAAUAUGUUGUAAACUUUUAUGGAGCUGUAUUGACACCAAGAUUAUGUAUGGUUAUGGAAAAUUGUGGUCGAGGUAGUUUGUAUCAUGUAAUGAAUAACGAGAAAUAUGAUAUUGGAUGGGAUAGUACAUUUAGAUUUGCUAUCGAGACUGCAAGAGGUAUCGAGUGUCUACACAAAUGGAAUCCUCAAAUCGUACACAGGGAUUUGAAAUCACUCAAUCUUUUGGUCAACGAUAAAUGGGAGGUAAAGGUUUGCGAUUUUGGUCUCAGUCGUUUCAACACUGGUAGUAAUAUGGAAACUUUAACAAAAAUGCGUGGAACUUUUGCUUAUUGUGCUCCAGAAGUAUACUUUGGUGAACAAUUUUCAGUCAAAUCAGAUGUUUAUUCAAUUGGAAUGAUUCUUUGGGAAUUGGUAACAAGAUGUAUAAACUGUCGUUAUGAACGUCCAUUCUCUGAAUUCAAGAACCUUCAACACGAUUUCCAAAUCAUCAUUCAAACCGCCAAGAGAGGUCUCCGUCCAACCAUCCCACCUGCCUGUCCAGCCAACUUUGCAGCACUCAUUAAUAAUUGCUGGGAUGCCAAGUUUGAAAAUCGUCCCACCUGUACCGACAUUGUCUCGGCUCUCCAAACAUUGGAAACUGAAUACAAAUCAAAUAAGGAUCUCUGGGAAAAGGCUAUAAAACCAUUGCCCAUAAAACCAAAUGGUGAUGAUGACGAUUAA